AUGGGCAGAAGAGCGAUGACAACCGAGACGACGACGUCGUCGCUACCUACUCCACGAUCCUGGUCAUUAAAUUGCAACGAAUCAUCGCCGACCGAUAACACGAUUUUCGAGUUCUCCUCGACUUCUCCGCCGGCUCCUUUUCUCGCCGACAGUGACGUCGAGUCGAGCACGUUGCGUAACAAGAAGCGAUUAGAGGUGUUAAAGAAGAUUUACAUCGCGACCGACGACGACGCUUUGCCGCUCUCCGUGGUGCUGAAAAAGAUCAACUUCGUUGACCAGAGUUAUCCGAUUUGGAACGAGCCUUAUCGGUUUGACGUGAAAGACGAGAAUGACGACAAUUGGAAGUACGCGGUACAGAAACCGUACAGGAUUUUAUUGCCACCUUACGAGCCGGUUAUCCUUGUCGAGGACGUGACGAGACGGGGUCAGUUUUUCCCGUUUCUCCCGUACACGUUCGAUUAUUAUUUUGACGAAGCGCUAUCGGUCGUACCGAUGCCAAAAAUAACGGAGGACGCGGGAAGCUCGGUGACGAGUGAUUUCUUGACAACUAUGUACGACGAUAAUUAUGUCAGUUUUUUCACGACUAUCGAGAAGGAAAACUCCGAGACAAGUCACGACGAUUACUUGCAACCCGGCAACGAUUACGCGACGAUUAGCUCUCGUCCGCUCGAUAUUCGCGACAAAGAAAUGAACAAUUAUUUCUACGACAACGACGAGGGGCAACCGCCGUAUGUGAUUCACGACUACACGGAGCGGAACGAAUCGACGACGUUGGUCCUUCGCGAAUUUAAAUCGAACACCGUCGAGUCCGCAACAAAUAAUUUAUACGAGGAGCGUUACGACUUCGCGAAUUAUCCUCACGAGGCCAUUUCCGUUCACGUUGAUCAAUCCAGACGCGAGGAAGCUUCUUCUUUUUCUUCGGACGAAUCGUUGAACAGAGAUGCGAUUCCUUAUUUCGAGGAACUGGAGAUAACGUCGCCCGUAUAUUAUGACUCGGCGUUUUAUCGAGCCGGUAGCAUCGAGAGGAACAGCGACGGCGUGUACGACGAUUAUCACGAGAACUACGACAUUUCGGCGACGACAUCCGAGUAACGAAAUCGCACGAUGAAAAUCGUUUAUGAUUUUUUUCUUUUUUUUUAAUUUUCCUCUUUUAUCGUUGAGAUUUUCCUCUUUGCUUUUUUCGCGAUAGAUUUCGAGACGCGAGCGAAUCGCUCGUUUUUGCGAAGACAGAAACGUUUCCGCCA